AUGGAAUUCAAAAUUAUAGACUUUGUUGUAGCAGCAUUCAAAGUGGUGAGCAGUUCUUCCAGGUCCAUCAAGGGUCUGGGCCAGUUCUUCUAUGCCUACACCACUGGGGCCAUUUCUCUCAUGGCCACUGGUGGUAAUGCUGGUCAUGGAUAUCAACACAGACCCAGCUAUGCUGCGCGCCCGCCGGCUGCUGGGAGCGAGUCUCACAACAUUUUGCUGGUACAGCCUACCAAGAGGCCAGAAGGCAGGACUUAUGCCGACUAUGAGUCUGUGAAUGAGUGCAUGGAAGGUGUUGGUAAGAUGUAUGAAGAACAUCUGAAAAGAAUGAAUCCCAACAGCCGCUCCAUCACAUACAAUAUCAGUCAGUUGUUUGAUUUUAUUGAUGAUAUGGCAGAUCUCAGCUGUCUUCUUUACCGAGCUGAUACACAGAUAUAUCAGCCUUCUAAGAAAGACUGGAUCAAAGAGAAGAUCUACGUGCUCCUUCGUCGACAGGCCCAACAAGCUGGGAAGUACUUGAGUUGGAAGCAUUAA